AUGCCUCUCACCACAGCGGGUGCGGCAGUUCACAUAACGCCAACCGUUCUCUCGACCUUUCUCAAACACUAUCAGACCAAGGUCCACAAACUUAAGCAUGGAGGUCAAGAACACCUCACGGAUGAUAUUAUAUUCGACCAGGCAUUCCAUAUUGUAAAGGCAUUUGUGGAGCUGGGAACACACAACACAGUAGACGAUCUUCAAGCAUUUACGAAUACCCAUAUCCCUGCUCCCUUUUGGACAACUGUUAUUCCUACCCGAAUACCCCUGUCUUCAUGUAACGAGGCCGCCGAUCUGCUAAUUACCUUGCUAAGACGGACCUCGACCCCAUCUGGUUCAGAUUAUACCGAGGAGGAGGCAGAGGCAGAGUUCAAGCGCGUCGUUGGUGGGGAGCGCUGGUGGCAAGUUCGAGGCUUGGAGGGAGUUGAAGCCGAAUGGGUGGCGAUGAAAAAAGACUGGGAGCAGAUAUCCAAGGCAGAACGGAGGAAGGAAAAGAAGAAACAACGUCAUCGAGAACAUACCAUCAAACGGAAGUCUAAGCACGGGAAGCACCCUGCAGAAGAUCCUCUCGCUAGUGAAGAGUAUACAGAGGAUAUUGAUAACCUAACCCGGGUUAUGUUGUAUAUUCAUGGUGGGGCAUAUUUCUGGGGAUCGAUCAACACCCACAGGUACCAAAUUACCCGUUUUGCACGCAAAUUCAGUGGUCGUGCGUUCGCAGUGAACUACCGUAAAGCACCCCAAUACCCAUGGCCAUGUCCACUUCAAGAUUGCUUAGCCGCAUACCUCUAUCUCAUUCGACCUCCUCCUGGUGCACUUCACUCGGCAAUCAAUCCGAAGCAUAUAGUCUUAGCCGGCGAUUCUGCUGGUGGGGCAUUGGCUCUAACACUCCUGACGGUCAUCCGGGACAUGGAGCUUCCGAUGCCUUCUGGAGCAGUUCUGAUAUCUCCCUGGGUAGAUUUGACGCAUUCAUUUGAUAGCGUUAUGACGAAUGGCGAUACGGACAUCAUUCCACCACACGGGUUCAUCCACAAGCCAAGUCCAUCGUGGCCCGUUCCUGCACAACCACCUAGUGGAGGUGGGCGUGCUCCACCUUUGUCUGAGGAAGAUCAGGGCAAACGUGAAACUGGGACGAUGCCUAUCCCAACCGAUACCGGUGAGACAUCGGCAGCACGGCUUGGCGAAAUGGACGAGUCCAGUGAAUGGGUUCAGCAGCGUAAAAGCCAGGCUACAGAGCCAACGAGUACGGGAAAUCACAAUGGCGCUCCUACACAUUCGACGAGUCAGGAUGAUACCGAAGAGCAAGCUCAUUCUGACCGCGAUGCCUUUGGUGGAACAACAACGCCUCCGGACGAACGAUAUCCCAAACCGGCGUACCCGCAACUUGUCAAAGUUCCUCUUGAGCCAGGACAGCCCCCGCUUGAAUUACGUUCGCAAAUCCAGCUCACCCACCCGCUUGUAUCUCCUGUGCUACACGGCUCACUGGGUGGUUUGUGCCCACUCUACAUAGUCGCUGGGAAUGGUGAAGUUCUCCGCGACGAAAUCAUCUACAUGGCUCAUCGCGCUUCCAACCCAACUGCUUUCCCACUCCGUGAAGAACUUCUAGCUCGCGGUCAACAGCGUCAGGUCGCAGAACGAUGGACUGAGGGCACACCUGUGCAUCUUCAGGUCCUUGAUGACAUGUGUCAUGUCCCCACUGUUUUCACAUUUACACUCCAGGCCAAACUUGUAUAUCGGCAAGUUGCUAGCUUCAUGAAACACUUGACCACAAGCGCUUCCGCGCGUCACUCGAACGUCCACAAGGCUUUCCCGACCAUUGACGGCGAGACAGUAGCAGGCAGUACAACCUCCCUAGCUCGUCCACAAGAACAGGAAGGGGAUCAACACCAAAAGCAACUUUCAGGCUCAACAGUACAAGGGGACCGAGAAGUAUAUUUAGAAGACGGCAAGGUGGUCGCGUCUGAAAUUACCGACUCUCCCCGAAUUUCAUACACUCUACCUCUGUCUGAAGACGAUCCCAAAUCUUCUGAACAUGCGCAACAACUCUUGCGUGCAGAACGAAUGGAUAUUCACGGUGUAGCUCGGCCCUUGUCUCCUGACGCACUGCACAUCCCUAAAGACGGCAUUGGUGUUGUGAAAGCUGCGCCCGUCCAGCGAUGGCUUACUGGCCAAACCGCAUGGGAUUCGAAGUAUAAGCGUAUUGCUCGAGGCGUCGAGAAGGAGCGCGCGAGGUGGGAGAAAAAGGCCAUGGAGGUCAUGAAGAAAGCUGGUUUGACAGAUGCGGAGAUUGAUGCUGUGUGGCAAGAAAAGACGGCCAGGGCUCGUAUUCAGGGGGUCGAGGGUGAAACGCCGAAAGCCAGCAGUCCUGAGCCCACACAACCUGGCACCCAUGUUGCCCUACAAGUUAUUCCCGAAGUGGAGAGCGACGAAACUGAUUCUAUGCGCGAGGAGCGGAUGCAACAUGGCCGGAGAUGGGGACCAUUGGAUCUUGCUGGCGAGAUGCCUCCACCUAGCGCGAUAGCCGGACGACUAGAUACCCCCGAUGCAAUUGAUUUGCUCAAGACAUCACUUUCUCAUAUGCCUCGUACUGAAUUCCGCAGGCAAAGUCAGGGCAAGGCCAAGCAAGCUGUGGAUCGCGUUCUGCGUGUGGGCACGGAGCCCGUUGAACCUAGGAGGCAGAGCGCUGCCGAGCAACAGGUCCCUGCAAACCCGCUGCAUGGUGUACGGAUGUGGGGAGGCCUCAUGGGAUACUUUGUUGACAAAACCUCUAACGGGAAACAAAUUACAAAAGAUACGUUGUCGAAUCUGCCUAACGCUGCAACCGAAGAUACAGAUGAAGAUCCAGCGUCUCCUCGUGGUAGAUUACCUCUUUCUCCUUGA